AUGCUUGACAUUGAUGAUGGUAUUUUGAUUGAAUCAUCAAAUGAGCUAACAUCGAGUAAAUCAUCGAAUAAUCUAAUGGAAAAACGUAUUGCAUUACGUCAAAAAUUAAAAUUCACAUUGUUAACAUUAUCACCACCAAAAUAUUAUUAUAAUUUACAACGAUUUAUUCCAAUGUCAAGAUGUACAGAAUUUUUAGAAAUUCAAGGUUUAGAUGUUCUUCUAAAUUAUGUUGAAAAAUGGCCAAUUAUCGUUGAUACACAAACAAAUAUUGCCAGUAUCAAUAAUUGGCCAUCAUUUAGCGAUAGUCGAGAUGUAUUAACAAUUGUCAAAGAUCAAACUCUCAAAAAAACACCACCACAGAUAUGUCAUACAUGUCAUACGGAUCAUACACCAAAUUGGUUUAAAAGUAUUGAUAAUAAAAAUAAUAAUGAAUAUUUUUUAUGUGAUAAUUGUGAACGUGUUUGUCAAAGAAAAAUGGUUUUAACAAAUUAUCGUGAAGCAAUGAAAUCAGCAUUUUUUCAAGCAAAAGCAUGUGAAAGAAAAUUGGAAAUUGAACAUGAAAAACGCAUUCAACCUAUUUCAACUGAAAAACGAAAAUUAUUUUUUAAUCAUCAUACAUCAAAAAAGCAAAAUACAAAUAAAUUCUCAGCUUUUUGCCAUCAACAACCCGUUCAACAAUGCUCAAUUUUGUAUAGACAAAAAUCACCACAACAAGCUUCAUAUUCAAGAAAUGAACCAAUUUAUCGUUUGAAAUCAGCUGAAAUGAUAUAUAAAGCAAAUACUUACACUAGAUCAACGACAACGAUGAUGGAUGCAAAGAACAAAAUUUAUCAGUAA